CGAAGACGUAAUGGUUCCACCGAAGGUUUAAGCACUCGAAGCGAUAAGCGACGAGACUACAGUGACGCACUGGAGAGACUCGUCUUCGAGAGCGCUGAGCAAUGCAUAACAGGGGAAAGAGAAUAGUGCAUCGAGGAUAAUCGAUUGACCUACGUACUAGGCGUACGUCCUAAGAGUACGCAGAAGCCCUAGGAUCCGAAUCGGGCAACGAUGGCUCGCGGGUUUUUUCGUGGCGAGUUUCUGGGUUUCCCAUCUACUGGGUAUGGAGUCUGGAUCAUCAGCUAACUCCAGGGAAUCACGUCUCCCCACGGAGGCGUCUCCAUCCUGCGCCUCGCUUCCAUUCGUUGCAUCGCGGUGCGUCUGGUCAAGCGACCAGACCCUGGGUCGGCGAUGACAAACCAGGACUGCCAUUAUUUAUACCAGGAUUUCUCACGAUCUUCCUCUUCCUCUUCCUCUUCUUCUUCCUCUUCCUCUUCCUCUUCCUCACUCUUCUUCCUCUUCCUCAUACCUCUCCUCCACACACCUCUCCACAGAAAUGAAAAACAUGGAGAAGGAAUCCCACUCAGAGAGUGCUUCUCACGCUGAGAAUGCAGACCACAUCAACACGCCCUCCACCCUCACUCAAUCCCCAAACAUCGGUCCCAAGAUCGGUACGAAGGGUCAGAUCGCGGGAGGCAAAUACCUCGAAGCCCUGCGCAAUGACGAGGGCAAGAUCUCUCGUGACAUACCCCUGCAGGAAGUCGACUUCGACCUGCCAUUGACGCUGACCGAAUGCGUCUUCCACAAUGACAUCGAGUACAUCGUCCUCGACUAUGCCCCCGGCGACAAGGAGGAUCCCUUCAACUGGAGCAAGGGCUACAAAUGGUUCAUCUCCAGCUUGCUCUGUCUCAUGACGCUGUUCAUCGGUCUCGCAACCACCGCGUACAACUCCGGCAUGGCACACAUGUGUGAGGACUUAGGCGCCGCCAUUGAACUCGGCCAGCUCGGUCUCUUCACCUUCAACAUGACCUGUGCCCUGGCACCGCUCUUCCUCGCCCCCUUCUGCGAACUCGUCGGCAGACAACUCGCCACCAUCAUCGUCUGCCGUGCCCUGCUUGGUCUCUUUGGCUGCGUCGGCACCAUCCUCGUGGGCGGCACCUUCGACGACAUGUUCAUCCCCGAGGAACGCGCCGUCCCCAUGGCCCUCUUCUCCUACAUCGCCAUCCUGGGAACCGUCGGCGCCCCCAUCUACGCCGGCUUCAUCGACCAGGCCAUCGGCUGGCGCUGGGUAGAGGGUAUCCAGGGCCUGUCCAACAUCCCCCUCCUCAUCAUGGUCGUGCUCUUCCUCCACGAAACCCGCGGCGGCGUCUUCCUGGGCAAACGCGCCAAACGCCUCCGUGCAGCCACCGGCGAUGACCGCUACGUGACGCGCGAAUCCAUCGAAGCCCCCAACCUCAAGCAAAUGCUCUACAACUCGUCCGUCAAGGCCAUCAAAAUGCUCAUCACCGAGCCCGUCGUCUUCUUCUUCGGUCUCUGGAUCAGCUUCGCCUGGUUCAUCGCCUUCCUGUUCCUGUCCGUUAUCACCAUUUCCUUCUCCGAAAAGCGUCACUGGGGCGAGGGAGUCGCAGGUCUCCCCUAUAUCUCCCUCUGCAUCGGUACCACUCUCGCUUUCGCCAUGAACUUCCUCCAGAUCAAGAAAUACCGCUCCAUCACGGCAUCCCAUCCAGACCAGUCCACCCCCCCCGAGGCCCGUCUGUACGGCGCCAUGUGCGGUGCCCUCUUCCUCCCCAUCGGCCUCUUCAUCUACAGCUUCACCCAGUACGCGGACCUGCACUGGAUCGGUCCCAAUAUCGGUCUCGCAUGCAUCACCUUCGGUAUCUUUUUCAUCUUCGAGUCUUGCUAUUCUUUCACCUCAGACUGCUACGGUCCCAAUGCCUCUUCCGCUAUCGCUGGUCAGGGCUUCAUGAGAAACACGCUUGGAGCCGUCUCGCCGCUUUUCGGUGCCCAGUUCUUCCAUAAUGUCGGCAGUCAGUAUGCUGGUCUCAUUCUUUCCAUCGUCGGUACUGCACUCACCUUGCUGCCUUUUAUCCUCUUCAAGUUUGGGCCGCAGAUUAGAGCUCGUUCCAAGCUUGCCAUUAAGCGUGGUGGUGAAGCUAUCUGA